UCUAACGAACUUUCUCUUCACUUUCUGACUGCAAAUUCUCCUUAUUUGUUGUGUGUUUUCCCCCGAAAAAUUUCGUGUAAGAUGAACCACAACUUUCUUCUAUGAACACGAUCAGCGAUUCCCUGGCGUCGAUCAAUGAGAGCGAUGAGGCGGCGUGCGGAUGCUGAUGCUGCUGAUCUGAGGCCUAUGAAUAACACUUUUCAGACCAUUACUGCGGCGGCCGAUGCGAUCGCGACCGUUGAUCAUCGUUUUCCUCGGGCUACUGCCGUCCAGAAAAGAAGAUGGGGUAGCUGUUGGAGUAUUUAUUGGUGCUUUGGAUCUCUCAAACAGAGGAAACGAAUUGGGCAUGCUGUCCUUGUCCCAGAACCAAGUCCUUCGCCUGAGGCUCAUCAAAAUUCAUUGCAAUCCCCAGACAUUGUGCUUCCUUUUGCUGCACCUCCCUCUUCCCCUGUAUCCUUUCUUCAAUCAGAGCCACCUUCUGCUACACAAUCACCUUCAAAUAUACUCUCCUUCACUUCUCUCACUGCUAACAUGUAUUCUCCUGAUGGGCCUUCCUCAAUUUUUGCCAUUGGCCCAUUUGCUCAUGAGACUCAGCUUGUAUCUCCACCUCUGAAUUUUUCUACUCUUACCACUGAACCAUCGACUCCUUCCUUCACUCCUCCUGAGUCUAUCCACUUGACUACACCUUCUUCCCCUGAAGUUCCAUUUGCUCAGUUUCUUCAACCUACCCUUCAGAAAGCUGAGUCUGAUGACCAAUAUUCAUGUCCUAAUGAUGACUUUCAAUCUUAUCAAUUCUAUCCUGGUAGCCCAGUUAGCAACCUCAUAUCGCCACGCUCUGCCAUUUCUCUUUCUGGGGCAUCUUCGCCUUUGCCAGAUUUGGAUUUUGCUUCCUCUGCUUCUCAAUUUUCUAAUUUCUCAUUGGAUGUUCCACCUGCGCUGUUGAACCUUGACAGACAAGGGCAAAGUUCUGAUUCUUGCACUCAAAAUUCUGUAGGAUUCAAAUCGAAUGAUGAUGAUUUUGAUUUGAAUCCUCGAACUUCAGACUCAAUGAAUGAAUCCCAAAAUAUUCAAAUUCUCAUUGAUGGAAGCCAAAUGGAGGAACCUGAUGUUACUAACCAUAGAUUCUCAUUUGAGUUAUCUGAUGAAGAUUCUUUAUUAAGAAACGUAGAAAGUAAGCCACUGGAGUCAAAUGUUGCAGUUGCAUCAUCUCCAAUGCAUGAAACAUUUGAAACGGCUAAAGAAACUUCUUCCGGUGGUGGUCAUAGCUCAAAUGGUAUAGAAGAAAAGGCAGCAGACGGUGAAGAAGCAAAUCAGCAUCAAGAACAUCAUCAUUCUACUACUCUUGGGUCUGUGAAUGAAUUUAAUUUUGAUAAUGGCAAUGGAAGUAAUGCACUUAAGCCUAAUAUCAACUCGGACUGGUGGGCUAAUGCGAAAGAUGUAGAGACAAAAGGCACGACCACGGGGGCCUGGUCAUUCUUUCCAAUGGCGCAGCAAAGAUGAGCAAACUGGUGAUUAUCCUCUGGAAUUUCCUCAUGCCCAUCAUGUUUUGCAGUUGCAAUUUAGUAGGUAAUAGGUAAGACAAAUUGCUAGAGGACUGGUGAGCUUUGAAGGUAAAAAAGAGGAUAAAUCAUGAAAAGAGUAAAACCAGAAGCCAUAUUCUUUUCAACAAUCUGACCUCCUAAACACAGGCAGGUCUGAAUAGUAUGAUAAUUAGAAAUCUGUAGGCGACAAUGGGCCCUAUUAACAUACAGUAGUGGCUCCUCACUUGAAUUGUAACAGCUAUUAGUAUUCUGUAGAAAUUGAAAGUGUGUAAAUAUGGUAAUAAAAAUUGUUUUUAUCUUU